GGCACAGAUACACGACACUGGCUGGGGUGUGUCACUUUUAACAGACAGCACCGAACCUUGGCAUGAGUUAAGCCUUGAGAAGCCUUUGUUGAUUUGGUGUCUCUUUAGGAGGCAGCUAGAUCCUGGUGGGGGUCUCAGAGGCCUCCAGGGGGAGGAAGAAAAGCAGCCAGAAACCACCAUUAGACACUCCUGAGCAGGAUACACUUGCCCCCCAUCUCCCUCUCCCCACAUGGAGCCUGCAGUUCUAGUUGUGGGGUCGGGGGGAUGUGAAUGGCAGCACAGAAAGGAGGCCUGCCUGGGGCCCGUGGGCAGAGGGGAGUGGUGGUUUGAGGAUUUAAAACUGGGGCUGGGGGAGGCAUCUCAAAUGAGCUCUGUGCUGGGGCCGUGCUGCCUACAGUGUGCUGGGUUUGGACUCACUGUCUGUCAGUUUCUGUUUGUCUGUUUAGACUGGCAGCUCAUUGGGGCAGGGACCGUCUCUCACUCUGGCGUGGACAGAGCCCAGCAAUGGCCCUGGUCCUAACUGGGCCUCUCAGCACCAUCGUAACCCAAAUCAACACUAAUAUGAAUGGUCCUACUCUUCAGUCUGUGCCAGCACAAAGCCAAAGGCUGAUAUGGCUCCACCCUCCCUGAUCGGAGCCCGGAUGGGCCCUCCUGGGGCUUGUGCAGCAUAGACCCAGUUGAGUGGUUUGGCGGGGACGUCAUUAACUCGGCCCUCUCUGGAUGGAACUCAAGGAGGGUCGGCCGGACAAAAGAGCAAGUCACCCGGAACUCAGCGUUGUCAUCCCAGCUGGCAAUGACCUCACCCAGAUCAGAACUUCUGAGCCAUUCGGAUCCAAACAGCCUGAUGCCGUUCGGAGCAGAACAUUCCAGGACUAUUUAAACCACAACAUUCUGGUGCCCCUUGGAUCAAACCGUUGGCUCAGGUCAGUCGUGAUCCUGUCUCUGCUGCCUGCUCUGUGAGAUCUGGAGAUUUAGCUGGAGAAUUGGACCAGAACCGCCAUCUCUUCCCCAGCAGAGACCUAGACUUUCUGGCUAGUGCUGGGACAGAGACGCCAGGAGGUUUCGAGGACUGUGACAAGCACCAGCCUUGGCCCAAGUCCCCAGAGCCAGGACCAUGGUGCACAACCAAGGGCUUCCUGCUGAGGCCCCAGAGACAAAUCCUGGAGCUGCCCAGGAGGGGUCAGAGUUGCAGAGAUCAAGGCAGUCGCCCCCUCAUCAGGGGGUCUCUGCCGGGAGCCCUGUUCCUGAGGAAACAGCAGAGGAGGGGGUCUCUGUCGGGAGCCCUGGUCCUGAGGACACAGAGGAGGAGGAGGUCUCUGCCCCAGCUGGCCCCAGGGACCCAAGCCAGCAGCCUUCCACGGCCACAUCUGUCACAAGCCAUUCCUCCACCCGCAGCGUGGAACCCGUGGCCUUCAACCGCCUGUGCCCACAGCCGUCAUGUGAGCCCCCCAGCGCGGGCGUGAAAAGAAAGCGCUCGGCACGCGUCAGAAAGGCCGAGGGGGAGGAAGAAGAAAAGUCCCUUUUCUACAUGAAGGUCCAGGCCGUGAACGGCGUCUCGGUGGCUUGGGAGACCGGGGCCGGCUUUGAAGCCAUUAGGAAGCGGCCUCGCAUCUUUAAGGCCAAGUACAGCGGAGGAGAAAGCUUUGCCGGCUCGGACCUGAGCAGCUCCCACACCAAGUCCGAGCUGGGGGACGUGGACCAAGAGGCAGAGAGCAGCACCGGGGGGCCGGCAGAGGAGGCGCCGCAGCAGCCGACGGGAGUGCCCCCUGAGUGGCUCCUCACCAUCAAGCAGGGCGUGCGGUGCCUGGCCUGCUGCCGAGUCUUUUCCAGCCUGGAGGCCCUGACCCAGCAUGUGAAGCAGGGGCUGCAUGAAGGCUUCAGCUGCCGCGUCUACUACCGGGUGCUGAGGCAGAUCAGGGCAAGACAGAGGUUCCAGAGGAGAAGAGUCCUGGGCCGUUGGGGUAAGGAGCCUAAGCCAGGACCCUUGAAGAUGGGCACAGCCAGGUGUUGCCCGGGAGCCGUGUCUCAGGCUGCUCCUGGUAACCAUGCCAGGGUGACAGAUGUCAGGGCUGGGGCAGCCGAAGGGGGCAGAGUGUCCAUCCCCCCAGGGCCAGGACAGCAUGGGCACCGAAAGGACGUUCUCUAGGGCUCUGUCCAACCUAGUUUCCAGUGUGCCAAGCGAGGGGGCUGUGGCCCUUCCCUGGGGGCAGCGUGUCAGAUCCCUGCCUGGGCACCUCCCUGAUAUUCGUACUCAGUGAGUCCCGAUCACCACCCCACCCCCCUGCCCGCGGGGGGCCCCUUUGGGCCUGGGACACAGGGCUGGGAGCGGGUGGGGGACUCAUCGCAGGGGGCGAUGGCCGCAGGACCUGGGCUUUCAUUCUGCUUUCAGAGUCGCAGAGAUCAAGGAAGUCGCCCCCUCAC